UUCAAUGCAGGAGGUUGCUAAGAGCUCAGACUAUGCUCCUUCACGAACUAUCUAUCUGUUUUCCGUGAACCUAAAGCGAUUGAGCAGGACGUUGUUAGAACGGUGUUAUCAGACUAUUGGGAAUUUAAUGAGUCGAAGAUUGAGCGAGAUCCAGGACCAUAGUCGCGUUCUCGAGAAACAAGAAAGGAUGGAGGCAACCGUAAUGGCGCUGAAAGCUCAACAUGGCGAAGAAGCGGCUGAGGAAGCUGCCAAAGACCUAGAAGAGCUUGUCACUGAAGCAGACAGAGAACAGCUGAAGAAACUCAAAAUUACUCUGAACAAGCUGCAGCAAAGUGAACUACAAGUUGACGAUACUAUCUUUAUCUUGACACAAUAUAUAACUCACUACUCAUAGACGUCUACUACAACAGCUGUAAGUUUGUGAAAGAUUCAUUACGCUAUCUUUGAAAAGAUAUGAAAUGCCUGCGUUUGUUUGCCGACCAACGACAYUUGGUUCCUUUAUUGGUUUGCAAACUGAAAGAGGUUUCCGAAAGGAGUGUUUUCUGUGCCGUUAUGGCGGGUGCGCUUGGUCUUUGAAAAGAUAAUUAGAAAAUGUCGGCGGUGGUUUUACAUUAGUCGAAGAAAGACUUAGUGUUCUUUAUGUCCGCAAAGACGCUCUCGAUAGAACUACGUAUUGCACUUGUCGUGGCCUACUAAUUUGUGGCAUGGSSAUCCCAUAAUGGUCUUACAUCACACAAGAAAUUAAAAACAAAGUUUAGAAGUUGAUCAUUUCUUUAAUUCAAACACUGUUGAAACAAAUGUAUACGAAACAAAUGGGCAGCUUUAUUAACUUUAAUAUUUACAAGUCGUUUCAUCGGUCCAAGACGAAWAAURUCACACUGUGGAACUCUUCACUUCUCUCCAGCUACAUUCCUUGUUUUCCUUCCACUUUGCUUCGCCUUCUUCAUAAACCUCCUGAAAAUAACAAAAACGUUCUGCAAAUAGCACCGGUUUUUUAUUUACUAGAGUUUCUGGAGAUAGUACGUCCUUACUGGCGGGCACGCACAAGAAAGUGGAAAGUUGAAAGAUAACGUCAUUUUAUGAAAUACAUUCAUGUGUCCUAACAGAAAGCGGUAUUUAGUGGUAAUAGAAAGCAUGAGAAAGAAAUASUUUAGGGUAGUUACCUUUUUCCAUAUUGGAACAGUGGCUUUCAACGUAUCGAUACAGUAUUGCACUGCUUCGAGGGAAUCUUUUCUAUGUGAUGAUGAUAUUGCRAUUAUGACACUUGCUUCGCCGAUAGGAACAACACUGAAAAAACAACAACAUCUUAUUGAAAGGAUUGUCAUCAAUAGAAAAUACCAAAACGUUUGACCAGCUUUCUCGUUUUAUCUUUAUUUAACAGAUUCACGUUAAAGAAAAUCUUGGAAUAAAAACUGAGCAAUAGA